AUGGGUCGUAUCGACGUACCCGAGUCGAUGAGUACGGUAUACGUUGGUAUGUGGGUCGUCCCCCACCUGUCGCACCGUUACGCCGUAAAGCGCUCGAGCAAGCUCUUCGGAAGCGUCGUGAAGAUACCAGUAAUAUCUACGAUACCUUUAAGAUUACGAGUGUGGUCGUUUGGCACGCGGCUGCUCGUCCAACGAGCCACCGUAAGCGACUGGCUCGGCUUGCCGCCCGAAUUAUCAAUUAGCGAUUUACUUGUCACAGAGUCGCUGUUAAAUGGAGCAGACUGCGGCGUAACGCCGCGGCUGACAAGAGAGGCGGUCCUUUUCUCGCUCAAAGGU